AUGCUGUCGACGUCUCGGUCGCGGGGCUCCGGGCGCGAGCCUGAAGGCUCACCCCGGACUCAGGUCAUAGCGCCCAUGUCGGAGCGGCAGCAGUUGGCUUUAGUGAUGCAAAUCUCAUCGCAAGAAGCCCUACCAGCGGCUCCAACCUCUCCAUCUCCACCAGAAGAAAAGAAAAAGACAAAAAACCACAGAUCAGAGCGUGGAGAAACAACACACAAUACAGGAUCUGCUCGAAGUGACCCUGAACAUGUAAAAAAAAUAGUAGACAAAACUCCUGAAGCCUGUGUUUACAUUGAUAAUUUUCGAGGGACACACACCAUUCGGGCAAGGGAUGACAGCAGUAAGAAAAGUGGCAAUGCAAAUGUCAAUAGUGACAGUAACAAAAGAAACAACAUGGAUGGCCUAGCGCAGGCAGAACAUUUUGAUUCUAAGGAUUCUUCGGCUCAGGACAAAGGGAAUAAUUCAGAAAACAGAGAUGAAGCAGCUCAACAUAAUGCCAGUACGGCGUCUGCUAAUCAAGAAGAAUCAACUAGUGCUACAAAGAAACAAUACACAGACGAAAGUCACGAGACUGAUGCCGCAGAUGACGAAGUUUCUAAAAGAAAGAAACGGAAGGAGAAUGAUGAUAAAGAACCAAUGGCGAAGCCUGCUCCUGUCGCGCGUGGUGCAACUGGACGAAUCCUAACAGGGUCAAAGCCACCAGGUCCAGCUAGUAAAACCGGUGCAUCGGCACUUAGUAAAGGAAGUUCGCAGGGCACGAGUAAAGGCGGGAGUAGUGCUUCGUCUGGGAAGGGGCAGCAGGCGCAGGGGAAGGGGAGUACAGGGGCCAAGGGAAAAUCAUCUGGUGGAUCAAAGGGUUCAGGUGGCUCACUAGCAAGCAAACAAGAUAGGAAGAGUCCGGUCGCGAGUCCUAAACCAAAUUCCGGUAAGGACAACGAUGGUGAUUCGGAGGAGCAGAAGUGCGAGUCGGCCGCUCCGAAAGUACCUCCUCUUAAGAUCGUAAUACCAGGCGGAGCCGGUGGCUCAGGCAACAGGAAUGAACAAGAAGGUAGUUCGGGCCAGAGAGGUGGCGGCAAAGGUCGAGGCAGUGUAUCAACGUUACCCUAUGUCAUUCCUUGUACAAGCAACGACACGGGGCAAACGUCGGACAGCUCUGAUGGUAACUGCGAAGACAAACGCGCUGGUGACGGUGGAAAGGCUGGACAAAGAGUACUUCGUUCGCAUAGGACGAACGAUGGAGAUAAAGAAAAAGACAAGGAACGGACCUCCCCGCAGACAGGCUCCGACAGUCGCUCAGGGUCCGGACAGAAUCAGUCAGCUCUGAAUUCCAAUAAAAGUCCAACACCCUCGGGCUCUGGUCAGGAUGGAGAUCAUUCUACGUCUACAAGUAGCGGGGGCAGAUCUGAGUCAAUCACUAUUUCAGAUGCUGCUGUGGAACUACAUCCUCGGAAGAGAAAAAUAAAAGCAUCCAAAGAUAGUCAUUCCCGAGACACAUCGAAGAACGAUCCGGCUCCAGAUAGUACCAGUGCCAGUCACAACAUAACACAUUCCAACCCUUAUCAAAUGUAUAUUCACAUUCGCAAACAGAUUGACCGGCGUCAAAGAAGCUUAUUUCCAGUGAAACCGAAACCACCUAAAGAUUUCAAUAAAUACUUAAUGAAUCGGUGCACCUAUACUCUUCAAAGUAACGUUAAUCCAGAGCCGCAGAUUGAUAUACCAGUUAAUCUCCCAACGCAAAUGGUGAAUGAAUUUAUUGCUCAGGAAAAGGAAAGAACUCGGCUGCGUAUACAACAUCUAGUAGAAAAAGAGAAACUUGUGUUGGCUGUUGAACAAGAAAUAUUGAGGGUUCACGGUCGCGCCGAACGUGCUGUUGCGAAUCAAGCUCUCCCAUUCUCUGUGUGUACUAUGCUGCGUGACAACGAAGUGUACAAUGUAUUGGCUCCAGAGCAGGAAGAGAAACGCAACGCUCAGCGCUCCCGAUGCAACGGUAGACAAAUCAACUCCUGGCUUCAGGAGGUUGAUGACAAAUGGGAAAAGAUCAAGGUAGGAAUGCUUCGACGGCAGAACACAGAGGUUGAAACUCUACACGCAGUGCAGAUGAUGGGUUGGGAGUGGAAAUUAAAGGAGCUGGGUAUCUGCGACUACAAGACCACACCCAAAAUUGAUCCGGCCCAUGUGCCACAGAUAAACGUGUCAAAUUUUGACUUGCCCGCUUGA